AUGUUCUUGCGUGAUCCGCCGCCGACGGGGAUGUUACGGAGGGCGCCGCCUCUAGUCCACGAGGGCACUUUAGCUGCUGCUCUUGCUCCGCCUACACAAAGCUUCUCCGAGACUGAGCUAAGCAACGCUCGCAGCGAGUUUGCCGAUCUAACAGACGCAGGAUUCAAACUUGAUUGGUUGAAGACAAAGUUUGAUGAGGUUACCUUGGUGUGCAAGAUAUCAAACAAAGUCCAAGAACUUGAGAAACACAUCAAGAAUCUCAAAGCUGAACUUGAAAUGGAGAAGGUCAGAUCUGCUGCUAGGUUUCUGUCGUUGGAGCAGUCACUGUUGAAUCUCAGUUCUGAGAUGAACAAGAAGCGGAAGUUAAGCCCUGAAUAA